CGUCCGACUGUACGGGGUAUCGCCACCGCACGCGCACCGAUCCCUUUUCAUCCCGAAGGCGUUCCGCGGUAUCGUUGUCCAUUGCUGUCCAUCCGUCGUUGUCGUCGCCCACCACUGUCGCACAAUCCCUCUUAGAAUCGUCUUCAUCUUGCACGGUCUUUGUACGCGCGCCCGUGGUCGAAUGAUACAACGAGAUGGUAUGGAAACAGCUGCUGGCCGUUCACAAUUUCGUCGUAUUGGCGCACUGCGUGGAUUUGACGGGGAAAAUCUACCAGACGAAUGCUGCAUUGGAAAAAGAAAACCUUAUGUUUUGUUAUGAAUGCAACACAAUGGUUAAUGGAAAGAGCUGCAACAAUUUCACAGACAAAGACGAGUAUUCGAAAUUCUCAACAAAAUGUACAGGAGAUAGAAAAACAUGCAUGGUGAAACGGUACUCGUACACGACGAGCAACGAGAGCGCCACUUCCGGCCAACAGCUGUGGUCCCUGGAGCGGAACUGCUCGGGAAAAUGCGAAGACGGUUGCAUCGUGAUCGGUGAACGGAUCAAGAUCUACGCGUGCCAAGCGUGCUGCGAGACGCCGCUGUGCAAUAUUUCCAACGGGUCGUCCGGCCGGUCCGCGGUGCCGCCGUUCGUCUGUCUAGCAUCGAUCAUUCUGUUCCUGCUCCUGCGGGCGACAGUAGUCUCUGGCGGCUCAUCAUCGCGAUCCUGCCCCGCGUUUCUUUGUCCUUCGUCGACUUGUACCACCGGUCCGGCGGCUGAUAGCGAUCCCGACCACAGUCCCGUGCGGUUGCCCGUCAAUCACAAGUCCGCCGUGCCGGCCACGUAAUUCUUCCACGGACGGCUGCGAGUCGGUUUCCUGAUUUGUCGGCGGCGCAGCGUUCACCGGGGCCUUAGAUACAGGUCCAAGAUUUUCUUAAUGACAUGGUAUAACAAUACAUCGAAAACAAAUCAAAUAUUGAAUAACGAUUCAACAAACUAUACAAAUAUUACUAAAAUUAUAAA